AUGUCCCGCUUGAAAUACAAACGGAUUAUCUUCAACCCGUGCAAGACGAAGUUGAAGACGCUUCGCUGUCCGAUGGAGCCAUCCAGAAUUUUGUAUACGUACCUACCGCAAAUUGAUCAAGAUCCUGGAGAAGGUACAAGUGGAGGCAGAGUUUUGAUUCAGCCGAUCGACAACAACAUCAGCUAUCAGUCAGUAUCAUUGGAGGACGUUGAAGCGAACCAAACGUUGAUUAUUGGUAACCAGGCAAACAUAAUCAACAGCCUCGCUCAAUUGAAAUCGCGCUUGGAUUACAUCAAUGAUAGGGUCCUGCAAAUUGAAUCAGGUUCUCUUGGAAACGCCUCGGGUGUCCAUUCAGAAGUAUUUUUGAAACCUAUUGAAACACUGGAAAUGCUGAAUGAAUUGGAGAAGAUAUUGAAAGAUGACACCGUCAUGGUUAAAUACGUCAAGACCAUGAGCCACAUUUGUGGUAAAACCGGAAAAGAGGAUGGCCUUGACUGCUGUUAUCGAUUAAUUGAUCAUUUUAUGACUCGACAGUCUCUGACGACCUGUUCAUGGACAGCGAACUCGAGAGACAAUGCUGAUGCUGAAGAGUCAAAUGUAGAGUCUAAAUCACAGAUUAAAGUUCCGUUUCUGAUGUACAAGAAAAUUCGAAAGCUGUUUUUGAAACUGGUCCUGCAGGCAGAUAACGACUGCACAGCUAUCAAAUGUGAAGAGUUUUUUAAACGGGUACUGAAAAACAGCAAGCAACGAUUGCUGGCCAAAACAGUAUCGAAACAUAAGAAUCGUCCGAAAAAUACCCGUCAACAGGAAGCUGAACAGAAUCCUCAAUGUUAG